GAUGUGUGUGUGUGUGUGUGUGUGUGUGUGUGUGUGUGGUUGAGUAUCAGAAGUGGCGAUAACUGGGCAGAACAGACGACCAACAUUUGGCGUGUGCGGCAUUUGAAGUUGGGACCCAGUCGCUGCCACAACACGCUGCAAUGCAGGCCAAGGACCGUCUGAGACGCGAGUACAGUUCGUUCAAUGAUCUGAGCAGGCAGUUUCGCAUGUACGAUGAGCAGUCGAUAGACUCGCUGCUGGACGAUCGCCUGCGCAUCCACAUGAAUCCCAAUGGCAGCGACGACAUAUCGCUGCAGCGGGAUGACUGCUACACGCCCAUCUACCCCGCGGCUCAGCCGCAGUCGCCGCUCCUGCUGCUGCGCCAGCACAACUUCAAGCUGAAGGCCUACUACUCGAACGUGGGCAACUGCGUGCAGUGCAACAAGCGCAUUCGCUUUGGUGUGGCUAGCCUGAGGUGCCGCGACUGUCCGCUGCGCUGCCACACGGAGUGCUGCAGUCAGCUGACGGUCAACUGCAUUCCACAGCCGUUGGCCAGCACGAAGCGGGGCCAUUUGAGCGACUAUGUGCCGCAUGUGGCGCCCAUGGUGCCCGCGCUGAUCGUGCACUGUGUGACGGAGAUCGAGGCACGCGGCCUGGAGCUGGAGGGGCUCUAUCGAGUCUCCUCCACCAGGGACAAGGUCAAGCGCUUGCGGCACAAGCUGCUGCGCGGCAAGGCGACGCCGCAUCUGGGCGACAAGGAUACGCACACACUCUGCUGCUGCGUGAAGGACUUUCUGCGCUCGCUGGAGCGACCCCUCAUACCCAUGUACCACAGGCCGGACUUUGUGCUCGCCACGCAGCUCAGCGAUCCGCUGGCUGUCGAGGAGCAGCUCUAUCUGGCCAUGGUAGAUCUGCCGCAGGCGCAUCGCGACACCCUGGCCUUCCUCAUGCUGCACUGGCAGCGCAUCGCCGAGAGUCCAGCCGUGAAGAUGUCCAUCAAUAACAUCGCCGUUGUAUUCGCGCCCACGCUCUUUGACGACGCCGACUUGAAUCUGAGCAACAUUGUCCUGUGGCAGCAGGUGCUGCGUGUCCUGCUGCUGCAAUCGGCCGGCUUCUGGGCGCAGUUCCUCGAGGUGGAGCCGCUGCUGCCAGCCAGCUCGCUGGACGAUGACGAGUGGAAGCGUGAAAACUACCAUUCCUCCAGCGCCCACUGGCAGUCUGUGAAGACCUACUUCCGAUCCAUGGUUAAUCUCGCUGACUGAGUCCAGGUCAACUCGAGAUUGUUGAUAGCUGACUAAUGGAUAGCAUAGACUAGCCCCGUUAUUUUGUUAGCUUGUUUUGGUUAAUUGUAAUUUGAGCACUAAGGCUAAUUACGCACACAGACACACACGCACACGCACACACACACACACACACACACACCGAUAUCACAGCUGUUUCCAGCAAGCAGAGAUGUGUGAAAUAGUGAAAACAUCAGUUAACAAGAGAUGUGGGGGAUAGAUAGUAAACACUUGUUCACAGCUCUAAAAGAAAUAUGGUUUCCUAAAAAUAUUAUUCACUUUGUCGUUGAAUUCAUGCCAUUCAGCAGGAGAUGAAGAGGAUAGCUCUGCACGAUAUUUAAAACCGUAUUAAGGCUAAUUCAAUUUUUGCUACUAGAGCUGAGAGUCUCAAAUAGAGCAGUUCAUAUUAGACUUAAGAAAAGCUCUUAAGUUGAUUUUGGUUUUUGAGCAAUGGUAAAUAUAGAUCUUCGAUGAGCUUGGUAAUUUAUCUUCGAGUGGAUAUCCAACAAAAUAUUAGAUCCCACAAAAACAUAAUUUAUUUUUGGGAAUGAAUAUAUCAGCAAUUAACGUAAAUCUUUUGAUAAAAUAAUGAUAACACAUUUAAAAAUUCAAUUUAUUUUACAUUUGAGAAUGAAUAUGCCACCAACUAACUGAACCGUUUCUCUGAAUAAAUAUUAUUAUAUUUGAAAUUGCAAUUUGGUUUGCCAUUUAUCCAUACUUCAUUGCUUUUUAUCAAAUUAGUUUUAUUUGCAAUUGUGUUUGUUGUCAGUCUCCAAAAUUCUUUAAUUUAAAUUUUUAAAGCUGCGAGAGACAACGUGAAGGUAGAUAAACAACUUGAGCUGAAACAAGUUUCGUUUCUAAAACUUUAAAUUCUAUUAAAAAGAGAACUUCAUAAAUAGAAGAAAUCAUAAGUUGAGUUUAGUUUUUGAGCAAGGGAGAAUAAAGCUCUUUAUUGAUUUGUUAAGAGUGGAGAUCCAAAGGCUGCAAUAUCCAUUGGAAUAUAAUAUGAAUAUAUAUAUAUUUUUAUAAGGAAUACAUUUGUCAUUUAUAAACUGUUUCAAUAAAAAUAAUGUGCUUACAUAUAAAA